AUGUUGCCUUGCAAAAGCCUUCGGACCCCUCCAAAACAGCUUCCCCGUAUCUUCGGCAGAGCUCUCCGGCCUUUUAGCGUCUCGGGAAUCCAAUGCCAGGUGAAGUUCAAGAGCUACAACAACAAGUCCAUUAGUCUUUCGAUUGAGCACAAGACGGUUCUGCUAAACAAUAUCUUUCUCCGCGACGCAUGUGACUCUCUCCGGUCGAGGGACCCUUACUCCAAACAAAAAUUGUUCACCACUGGUAGCUUGGAUGUUACCAUCAGACCGGCUAGAGAGCCAAGGUUUAUCACUAGGGAAGACGCAAAUUCUUCCAUUAGGGGCCUUCAAGUCGAUUGGUCCGAUGGAGCUUCGUCCUUCUACACUGAAGAGUUCUUGAGGAGGUACGCUAAUGCCCCGCAGAACUGCGGGGAGGGGAGGGAUCUCAAGUCUCAGAUGCUAUACUGGGAUCUCGAAACGUUACGGGAAAACGAGCAAGAAAUCGUCCACAAUAUCACCUACGACAAAUAUAUGAAUGACGAGAAGACCUUGUUCACUGCUUUGGACAACUUGAACAAGUACGGAAUGGUUUUCAUCAACGACAUCCCGGAAGGCAAGGAGUUCAUCAUGCCUAACGGUAAGUGGGCCAUAGAGAACAUCGCUGAGCGGAUUGCUUACAUCAGAGAGACCUUCUACGGUCGCUUGUUUGAUGUGAAAAACAUCAAGGAGGCCACCAACAUCGCCUAUACCUCGACCUACUUACCGUUGCACAUGGAUUUGUGCUACUACGAGGCGCCGCCCGGGAUCCAGAUCUUGCACGCAUUGCAAAAUUCUACUGAAGGGGGAGACAACGUCUUUGCCGACUCCUACAGAGCUGCUUUAUACGUCAAAGAGGCCGACCAAGCGGCCUACGAUGCAUUGUUGAAGGUCCCAAUCAACUAUCAUUACGACCACACAGAGUAUUACUACGCCUAUUCCAGACCUUUAAUCACCGAGGACCCCGUUCUGGGAGGAAUCAAGGAAAUAGCCUACUCACCACCGUUUCAGGCGCCGUUUGAAAGGGGAAUCCUUGAACAGGAUGCGCACCUCUUUGAGAGCUUCAUGAGAGGCAUGAAGCUUUUUGAGGGGUUCCUUAACGAUCCAAAGAACCAGUAUGUCAUAAAGACUAACGAGAGAAGUGCGGUAUUGUUUAAUAACCGCAGAACCCUCCAUGCUAGAAAGGAGUUCCGCGAAGUCGGGGCUCAUAGUGAGCGGUGGCUAAAGGGAUGCUACUUGGAUGGCGAUGCCUUUGACUCAAAGUUGAGAGUGCUUUACCGGAAGUACGGGGCUCAAUAG